ACAAACUGUCAAACACUCAGAGACUAAAACCUCCAGACCACCUCCUGAGUCCAGCCAGAGAGCAGCAGCUGGUUCUGAUCCAGAACCUCCAGAGAGACCAGGAGGAGCUCUGACACCCAGAGAGGAGCAGGAGGAGCGACUGGACGAUGGAGGGAAGACGUGUUCUGCAGCUGCUCUGUCUGACCUUCACUCUCAUCUCCACCAGUCCACCGUCUCCUGCAGCAGGUCUGACUGUGAGUCCCAGCAGAUCUCAGUUCCUUCAGAGAGACUCAGUGUCUCUGAGCUGUGAGGAGGACGGAUGGACAGUUUGGAGGAAGACCAGCAGGAGACAGAGGAGUUCAUGUGAAGACGGGUGGGGAGAACCUGCUGGUUCCUCCUGUAGAAUCAGCUACAUGAUGAGCUGGGACAGUGGAGUUUACUGGUGUGAGUCCAGAGAGGGAGCAGCUGGAAGCAGCAUCAACAUCACUGUCGCUGAUACAGUGGUCCUCCAGAGUCCAGUCCUCCCUGUGAUGGAGGGACAGGACGUCACUCUGGGUUGUAGAACCAGCGCUCCCUCCACCCUCUCAGCUGAGUUCUUUAAAGACGGCGUCUCCAUCGGGACCGAGUCCACAGGUCACAUGACCCUCCGCCAUGUUUCCCGCUCUGCUGAAGGCCUCUACAGGUGUAGCUUCAGAGGUGUUGGAGAGUCUCCACCCAGCUGGGUCUCUGUCUCAGCUCUGCCCACCAAGGCAGCUCCGCCCACGGAGGAAGCUCCACCCACCGAGGCAGCUCCACCCACUGAGGCAGCUCCACCCACCAAGGAAGCUCCACCCACUGAGGGACCUCCAUCCACCAAGGUAGCUCCACCCACCAAGGGAGCACUGCCCACAAGUGGAGCUCCGCCCACUGACAUAACACCACCUGCUGAGGGAGCUCCGCCCACUGACGUAGCACCACCCACUGAGAGAGCUCUGCCCAGUAACUCCACCUCCCUCCAGGUGGAGUUCAGUGUUCUCCGCCACCUGCUGGUUUUCUGUCCGUACUUCAUCUCCACUCUGCUCAUGGUGUCGAUGUAUCGAGGCAGAGCCAAAGGAACCAAACAAGCCGUCUCCAUGGCGGCGCCCUCCGGCACCCAGGCUGAGCAGGGAUUGGACGAUGGAGUGAUGAUGUCAUAACCAGUAUAACCAGCCAGCCUCUGCUCUGGGGAUAAUGUUGUU